AUGUCAAACACUAAUAACGUCAAAGUAAUUUUUAAAGGUAAAGACACCGAUUUGAUAGUUUUCGCUGAAAACUCGGAAAUCCUCAACAACUUUAAAGCGAACCCAAAAUUAAGUGAAUUAGCUAAUGUGGUUCCAGUUUUUAAAAUUUUCACUACACAAUCUGGCAGAGGCACCGAAGGUGCUUUUGGAGAAGCUUCUAAAUCACAAGUGGAAAAUGAAUUGGGUAAAAAUUUGACUACUGAAGAAUACUUGUUUAAGAUUUUAAAAGAGGGAAAGUACCAACAGGUUGAAAAUCUCGAAAAAAACAAAUUUUCUUCGACAAAUGAUUCAAAAUAUUAG